CCGCCCCGCUCGGCCGCGCCCCGCCCCGCCGCGGCGCCCGGCCGGGGGGUGUCAUUUCCUCCGCGGGGCCGAGCGGCCGGGCCGGCGGCGAUGGGGCGCUAGCGGCCAUGGAGCGGGCCGCGGGCCGGCCCGGCGCCGGGCGGGACGUGCUCGUGGAGCUGCAGGGCGGCGCGCCCUGGGGCUUCACGCUGCGCGGCGGGCUGGAGCACGGCGAGCCCCUCAUCGUCUCCAAGGUGGAGGAUGGCGGCAAGGCGGCCCUGUCCGGCAAGCUGCAGCCGGGCGACGAGCUGGUGAACAUCAGCGGCACCCCGCUGUACGGCUCGCGCCAGGAGGCCCUCAUCCUCAUCAAGGGCUCCUACCGCACCCUGAAGAUGAUCGUCCGCAGGAGGAACGUGCCCGUUCUCCGGCCCCAUUCCUGGCACGUGGCCAAGCUCUCCGAGCCGCGUCCCGACGCCCCUGCCAUGCACUGCCCCGCCGACACCUUCAGCCUCUCCUGGCCCUCGGGAUGUGAUGUCAGCAGCGAGCUGUCGCUGCAGUGGAACCCGCUGUCGCGGCACUGCAGCACGGACAAGAGCAGCUCCAUCGGGAGCAUGGAGAGCCUGGACCAACCCAGCCAGGCCUACUACGAAGGGAACCCCUCGCCCGUUGACCAGGGCCUCUACCACAACAAGCGGGACUCGGCCUACAGCUCCUUCUCCGCCAGCUCCAACACCUCCGACUGUGCCCUCUCCCUCCGUCCCGAGGAGACGUCCUCCACCGACUCCAUCCUCCAGGGCCUGGCCCCCUGCAAGCACCCAGACGGGCGCUACCUCCAGACGGGCGCCGAGUCGCCGGGCCGCGCCGGCCGGCAGCCUGAGCCGUGCCCGCGUGACGGCAGCCCGGCGGGAGCCUGGCGGGGACCCGCGCCGCCCCAGCCGCCCGUGAGGAGAGACAGCCUGCGGGCAUCCCCGGGUGGCGGCGCGGAGCGGCGCCGGGCCUCCGUGCCGGCUGACUCCCUGCAGAGCAAGUGCAGGUGGAUCUCCGACACCUUCCUGUGCCAGCGCGACAAGGACCUGCAGGGCUCCUGCGGGCAGAUGCCGGGGCCGUAUCCCGGGCCCGCGAAGGACCGUCUCUCCUCCGAGCAGUAUUACAUGCUGAGUUCCCACCCGGAGCGGGGCCUGGCCAGCACCGAGCAGCUCCCGGGGGACAGCGUGGAGCACGUGUGUGGGGACCGGCCAUACGAGGACGGCGGCGGGCACCCUGUGGAGAUGGCGGCUGACGGCCCAUCGCUGGCUCCCCUGAGCUGCCCCGCGCCGCACCGGCACAGCGCCCCAGAGCAGCUGCUGGCCUCGCAGCUGCGCUGCCUGCACGUGGGCAGCAGCGGGCGAGCGUCGCCAGCCUCACCGGCCCGCGACACCCAACGCUGGACCCUGUCGCCGCUGCACGCGGAGCACCGGCUGGAGGGCGGCCCCGCGCCGGGCACCAGCAACACCGAGGCCCCCGAGGGCUGUGCUGCAGACCCCCCGCACUGCCAGGAGCUGUACCGUCGCCUGCCGCCCUACCGCUGCUGCCCAGAGCCGCUGAGGGCCUGCGGGCAUGGCAGCGAGCCAGCCGCCGGUGGCCUGACGCCGGCUCGCAGCAUGGAGACGCUGGCGGAGGAGGAGGGCAAGGAGGGCCGGGCGGGGGGCCGGCGAGCGGGUGCCCCCCCGCACCGCUCGGCUCAGAUGCGCCGCCGCAGCGACCGCUUUGCCACCAACCUGCGCAACGAGAUCCAGCGCCGGAAAGCCCAGCUGCAGAAGGGCCGGGGCUCGGCGGUGCUGCCGCGCGGUGAGGAGCCCGUGGAGGAAGCGGACGAGGCCGCCGAGCCUGGCGCCCCCGGCUGUGCCCAGCGCCCCAGCCCCGCGCCCGGCGAGGACGGCAGGCUUCCCGUGGGCGAGCGAGCCGCCGCCGCCACCCCCGAGCCGCCGCCUGUGCCCAAGGGGUCGCCCGAGAGGCGGCGGGCGGCGCCGGCGGGCGGGGGGCGCUGGCGCUGGUCUCCCGAGCGCAAGCUGCGGCCGCAGCGCUCUCCGAGCCCCCAGGAGCCUGAGGGCUACAGCGAGGGGCGGGAGGCUCCGGGCUCGCCGCCGCGGGCCACCGAUGAGGCCGUGCUGCUGCCCUUCGCCGACCGCCGCCGGUUCUUUGAAGAGAGCAGCCGGCCCCUGCCUGCCCGGCACGUCCAGCCCGGCGCCUACCGGCCCAAGGCGGGCGAGCCCGAGGCCUUCCGGCCCCUGGGCCCCGAGCGCCAUGACCCCCGGCGCCUCUCCCUCGACCGGUCCUACGGGCCGCCCUCGCCCGCCCGCCCUGGCUCUGCCGGCCCCUACGCCGAGUGCUACCGCGAGCAGCCCGCCUACUACAAGCCGCUGGUGCGGCACGGGGCGUUCGAGUACCUGCGGGCCUUCCCCUAUGGCUGCGGGGGCCCGGGCCCCGUGCUGCGCGAGCCCUGCCGCUGCUGCCCCGGCGAGCUGUGCCCCGCACUGCUGCCCCGCGGCUACCGCUGCCCACCACCCGCCUGGGCGCGCUGCUCCGACUGCUGCUGCCCGGCGGCCCGCGGCGACGCCUGGCCGCCCCGGCAAGCCUUCGCGCCGGAAUUUCCUCUGGACGAGUGGGAGCCCCCGGCCAUAAACAGGAAAACCAGCCAGGCCGCGAGCGAGCUCUCCCGCUAUGCGCCGAGCUUCCUGCCGUUCGGCCCCUGCUUAGAGACCGCCGAGCAGGAGUGGCCGCCGUGCUACAGGGCUGCCUCCACGCACGACCUCUCGUGGGACGGCGACCGGCCUGCCCGCUCCCCCGAGAGCCCCCCGGAGCCCCCGCAGCGCCCGCUGCGGGGCAGAGCCUUCUCCGAGAGCCACCUCAACCUGCAGCCCCCUAGCCCCCGGGGCAGGGAUGGCCGGGAGCUUCCCCGCGCCAAGCCAGAGCCCGCCGGCCCGCCCAAGAAGAAGGGCCCGCCGCCGCCCCGGCCUCCGCCCCCCAACUGGGAGAAGUACAGGCCACGCCGGGCAUCCCACCACCAGGUUUUCCAGACGGAUAGCCCCGGGCGCGGGGCGGCGGCGGCGCUGGAGCAGCCGCGGGCACCAUCGCGCAGCAUCGCCGAGGCGGUGUGGGAGCGCUCCCGGAGCCUCCCUGCCGAGCAGGCGGGCCGGCCCCGUGGGCAGGCCGCCGACGCCUGGCCCCCGCCUGAGCACCCCGGCGCCCGCCCCUGCGGCCCCAGCGCGCUCCGGAGGACGCCGGAGCCCGAGUUUUGCAGGUCCGAUGAGGCUGGCGGAGAGCGGGCGAAGGCGAGAGUCCCCUGGGAGAAGGAGGAGCAGCCCCAAGGGAUCGGCCAGAGCCAGGAGCGGGGCUGGGCCAGCCCCCAUGGUGCGGCCCCCGAGGUGCCGGAGGCGAGCCCAGAGGCGCCGGAGGGAGCGGGCCGGCCCCAGCCCCGCCGCACGGACUCGGAGGAGCUGAUGUGGGACGUGGCGGGCAGGGACCGCUCCCUCGCCGGCGUCCUCGUGCCGCCGGCCGGCCUGGUCACCGCCGCCGAGCUCAUGGGCGAGCUGUUCGCUGGCGGCGAGCGGCAGGCCUGGAAGGAGCGCUUCCAGCAGGACUGGCGCCUGGAGGCCGCCACGCAGGAGAGGCCGGAGCUGGAGCCCUCCUCGCCGCCCCCCGGCGGGGCCACCAGCCCCCCCUCCUACUCCGCCUAUUACAACACAUCGGCGGGCAAAGCCGAGCUGCUCAACAAGAUGAAGGAGCUGCCGGAGGUGGCGGAGGGCAGCUCGGAGGACGACGAGGUGGAUCAUGAGCUGGUGGAGAAGAAGAUGCAGCUGAUGGAGAGCCUGAGCCGGAAGCUGUCGGUGCUGCAGGAGGCGCAGCGGGGGCUGCAGGAGGACAUCAGUGCCAACGGGGCGCUGGGGGAGGACGUGGCGGCCCGCCUGCAGGCCCUCUGCACGCCCGGCGAGUUCGACAAGUACCGCCUCUUUGUGGGCGACCUGGACAAGGUGGUGAACCUGCUGCUGUCCCUCUCGGGGCGCCUGGCCCGCGUGGAGAACGCCCUCAACAGCCUGGGGCCGCGCGCCUCCGCCGAGGACAAGCUGGCCCUGCGGGAGAAGAAGCGGCAGCUGGCGGCGCAGCUGGAGGACGCCAAGGAGCUGAAGGAGCACGUGGGGCGGCGGGAGAAAGCAGUUGGCGCCAUGGUGGCACGGUACCUGCGCGACGAGCACCUCCAGGACUACCAGCACUUCGUCAAGAUGAAGUCGGCCCUCAUCACCGAGCAGAGGGAGCUGGAGGAGAAGAUCAAACUGGGCCAGGAGCAGCUCCGCUGCCUCCGGGAGAGUCUGGGCCAGGCCCCCGUGGGCUGUUAGCCCCGUGCCCAGGCCGCCCAGCCUCCCUGUGCCCCGGGCAGCGCUCCCGGCUCACCAGCACCUCGUAGCGGCGAGGAGCCCCCGCGGGCACCUCUCUGCCCCCCAAACGGGGGUUGUGCCUGGCUGGCAGCCGGGCCAGCCCCAGUAGAGCCAGAGGGUUCCCGGGGCCGCGGCACGGGGAGCUGCCCUACCAAAGUGGAUCCAGCCCCUUGCUGGCUCUCUCUGUGUCUGUCUGUCUGUCCAUCCCCUGCAGAUUAUUUAUUUUUCUACUUUGCCAAGCAGGGGAGGGGGCACCGGGACUUAAGCCCAGCUGUGGGCACCGGCAGGGGAGGGGACUUGGUGCCCCGGAGCAGUCCCGCGCAAGGAGCAUCUGUCGGCCCAGAUGCUGAAGGGACAGAUCCUGCACCCUGGUUUGCCUCUGCCCCCCUCCCUGGCUGCAUCCCCCCCUCCUUUUCCACCUGGUGCCACACUAUGUGCCUUAAAACCCAGUGAUGCUGCGGGGUGUCACCACGCAGUGCCUGCAAGGGUUAAACCGUCCUCUCCCUCUGUCCGGUCAGUCUGUCCAGCUCUGGCUCUGUCCAUCUGCCCGGCCGGAGCGGGAGGAAUGUGCUGGGGACCUGCCCCAGCCCCUCGGCCCCCAGCGUCCUCUUCCUCUCCAUUGUGUCAGGAACAAUGGCUCUGGCCAGUGGGCGCUUAACCCGCUCGCCGCCGGCCCGCGGCGGGCACAGUGCCCAGGGCUCGCUGGGGGGGGUUGGCCCAACUGAGGUAUCUGGGGCAUGGCAGCCCCCGUCCCCUCCAGAGAGGACGCAGCGAUGGGUGCCCCUGGGGGGACGCUGUGCCCUGCCACGGCGUGGGGCUGUGGGCAGCGCUGCCACGGGCGGUGUUGGCACGGGGUCCUCCCGGCCCGACAGCAACACCCCCCUGCGAAGACCAAAGAGGGCUCAUGCCCCCCCUUCUCUCCCCAUGCCCCUUCCUGCCCUGGCAUCCAAAAAUAGCACUUAAACCUCACCCUGGGCCUCACUUGUGACCCAGAACCGGCACCUGCGGGGGGAGAGGGUGCUGAGCCCCCCAGCUCCCCUCCGGCCCGUCGGACGCUGCCCCCGAUGCCUGCCCAGCUCUGGCUGUUGUGUGCUGCCUGGCAGGAGCUGCUCCCACCCCUGUGUCCCUCAUCUCCGCUGCCACCCGUGCCCGCACAGCACCGGUGCUAGGACCAAAGAGUGCCCACACAUGGGUGGACCCCCCCCCGACGAGCACCCAGCAGGGUCCAGGUGCGCAGGAGGGCUGCGCGGCGCUGCCGCCGGGCACCGAGCAGCAGGGGUGCUCGCCGGAAGGGAGCGUGCCGGUGCCAGCGCCGGGGCCGGUGCUGCUUGCCAGCUCGUGCCGCGUGCCGCCGCGCUUCUCGCACACUAAAAAAGGAGCAGUGGUUGCUGCGCAGCCA